CCUGGGCCUGCGAACAAGGAGAGGCCUCAGGCUGGGGCUGGCGGGACUCCCCUCCAUGGCUUUCAAACGGGAAGGGGACGACCUGAGCCAACUCAACGUGCUGAGGAAGCGACGGGUGGCUGACUUGCUGGCCAGCUACAUCCCCGAGGAUGAAGCUGUCCUCAUGAGGAACGGGAGGUACGCCUGCUCAAUCUGCCCGAGGCGGCCAGUCUUCGACACGGUCGACAUGUUGGCCGUCCACAGGAGGGGGAGAAAGCAUCUGACCAGCCUCCAGCAAUUCUACAACAACAAGAGGAACCUGCAGCUUGAAGUUCAGAAACGGCAACACCAGCAGCAUGUCCGACAGGAGGAGGGAGGGCCCAGUGCGCACCAGACUAGGUCGGAGCAGGCCCCCCUCCUGGCUGAAACCCGAAGGAUCACCCAUCAUGCUCUCCGCAGGACAGCUCCCUACAGCAGCUGCAGCAAGAGGGGGCGGCCCGGGAUGGAUGGCUGCUCCUUACCGACCUGUGCCAGGGCUGCCGCGGGUAACGAAUAUCCGCUGAUGGCUGGAGGAGGCACGGAGCCUGGCACCGUCGCUGUCAGUGCCUCACACUCAGAGACCCGACCGUCAACCUGCGACCCCCUGAGGGGGGCGCCACCUACCGGGUCCAGUGGGGAGCAGGUUGGCAGUGCCAAGAGGAAGAGAAGUUCCAAGCGCCAGGACACAGUCCCAACGACUCCCCCCAACCCCGAGCGACAGAGACAACUGGAACAUUACCUGAAGCUGCGCAGCUCAGGGUGGAUCCCGGACGGCUGUGGGAAGUGGAUCCAGGAUGAGACGGUCGAAUUCGAUUCGGAUGAAGAGGAGCCCUGUCUGCUGCCCCCGCUGUCUCCCUGAAGUGGGCGAGGGUGGGCACACACCCAGAGUCUCACCGUCAUUGCCAUCGCCGAACCCCGUCUCUCAGUGUGGAACAGGGCAGAGUUCACUACCCCUUUCACAACACCCCCAACCUCGCCCUCCCCGCCCUUCUCCAGCACAGCAGCUGGCCAUUCGGCCCAUCCAGAGUGUGAUAGCUCCCACCCCUCCCCCGCUCAGUUCCUGACAAUGUGCCCCCUGAACAAACCCAUCCCCCACUCUGCCGUGCACCCCUCCCAGUUGAUUCCUUGAUUUUCCUCAGUCUGUCUCCCUCGUUCAGCAUUUCUCGGUCCACAACCUACCCCACAUACCGCCCCCCCUCCUGUCUCUGUCUCGCUCUCUCUGUCUCGCUCCCUCUCCCUCUUCCUCUCCCUCUCUCUGUCUCACUCACCCUCCCUCUCUCUCUCUCACUCACCCUCCCUCUCUCUCUCUCCCUCUCUCUCCCUCCCUCUCUCUCUCCCCCUCUCUCUCUCCCCCCUCUCUCUCCCCCUCUCUCUCUCUCUCUCUCCCUCACUGUCUCUGUCUCACUCACUGUCUCCCUCUCCGUCUCUCCCCCUCUCCGUCUCUCCGUCUCUCUGUCUCUCUCUCUCCACCCCCCUCCUCCCCCGUCCCCCCCCCCCCCCAUGCUGUUAGUUCAGCGCGGCUCUAAAUCCUUUCCAUCCACCCGUUCGAACCCAGCCCCCUGCACCAACCCCUCCCUCAAGGCCAGGCCUCGAGGCUGGGAGGUGGGCUGGGCAUCAAAUCACUGUUUGCACAGACGCUCUACUGUAUUAAAGGUCCUACGUAAAUGCA